AUGUUACCUCGCUCUGAUGAUGUCCGUUAUCAGCACCUUUUCACCGGUAUCGAAGGAGAUUGUCUCGUAAACAGCGUCAGCAUAAAUCUUCCAGUAAAGCCAAUCGACAGCUGGUCAAGAGGAAUCCGCCGUCGUCUUCUGGUGGAACCGACCUCCGACCAGUAA